GAACACCCAUCCAUGCCCAAGCAGAAGCACCCUCUCUCUAUAAAUGGACGCCUCCCCCCACGACAUCCGGCUCAACUCAAGUCACAACCUCGCCUCCCCCUCCCCCUCCCCUACCAGCAGCAGUACCUACCCGGAGCGAAGAACCACCAGCCUUCCCUAGCACCAACACCCACGGAGGCGAUGGCAGUCGAGGCCACGACAGAGAAGAACACCGGCACCGGCGCGGCUGGCGGAGUAGCCCCGGAGAGCGGGGACAGGCGCUCCCGGUUCAGGCGGAUCUGCGUCUACUGCGGCAGCGCCAAGGGCCGAAAGGCCAGCUACCAGGACGCCGCCGUCGAGCUCGGCAAGGAGCUGGUGGAGAGGGGCAUCGACCUGGUCUACGGAGGAGGCUCCAUUGGGCUCAUGGGCCUGGUCUCCCACGCAGUUCAUGAUGGAGGACGACAUGUGAUUGGGGUCAUCCCCAAGUCCUUGAUGCCCAGAGAGGUCACUGGAGAGCCUGUGGGGGAAGUAAGAGCUGUCUCCGGCAUGCAUGAGAGGAAGGCCGAGAUGGUUCGCUCUGCUGAUGCUUUCAUUGCCUUACCCGGUGGCUACGGGACUUUGGAUGAGCUGCUCGAGGUCCUCACCUGGGCCCAACUUGGGAUCCACAAGAAGCCGAUUGGGCUUCUGAACGUGGAUGGGUUCUACAACUUCUUCCUGUCCUUCAUCGACAUGGCUGUGAGUGAAGGAUUCAUAAAGGAGGACGCGAGGCACCUCGUCAUCUCAGCUCCUACCGCCAAGGAGCUAGUUCUCAAGCUUGAGGAAUAUGUUCCAGACUACGAGAUCGGGUUGGUUUGGGAGGAUCAGGGCCAGAUCGGCCACGGCUUCGUGCCAGAGCUGGAGCCUGGCAUUGCGUCGUCAUGAUAUGAUUCAUCCUGGAAGCGUUUCUGAACUAAGUAACAUCUGACCGUGCAAAAGAGAGAGAGAGAGAGAGAGAGAGAGAGAGAGAGAGAGAGAGAGAGAGAGAGAGAGAUGGAAUGUGCUAGUCCUUGUCGGUCGUAGCUUUUGUCGCUGCCGGUGGCAUGACAGUGUUAGCAUUGAGUUGCAGUAGCAGUGUUAGCAUUGGGUUGAUGAUGGCGUUCUUUUGGUCAUAGCUUAGGUAGAAGUAAGUGAUUGCAUGUACAAAUGUGUUAUGUAGGAGCAGCAGCAGAUGUGUGUUCCUUAAUUAUCAAUCAAUCUAGAGUGGAAAAAUUGUCUCA